AUGGUCGUCGAAUUGAUGAAUUGUGGCGGGUGUAAGGAGCGAUUCUUCAGGGAAGACGUCGUCAGGGGCGAAGUCAUCUCCCUAUUGAAUCGAAUGUGGCACAAAGAGCAUAUUCAGUGUGUUUUUUGUAAGCUUACCAUCACCGAUGAGAGAUACUUCCGUUCCAACGUCGACCCGAUGAAACCUGCGUGCUACGCGUGUCAUAUUCAGACAACUCAUCCGGCGUGUGUUGGCUGCUCCCUUCCAAUAAUCGAGCGUGGCCUUGUCGCAUUCGACCGUCUCUUCCAUAUCGAUUGCUUCCGUUGCGCCAUUUGUCAUAAAACGAUUCCCCAGCGUCGUGGAUUCUACGAGAGAGACCUGAUGCUCUAUGAUGAGUCCUGUUAUAUGAUGUACAUCAAGGAUCUGCCGCCGGACGAGGAUGCUCCGCCUACGUGA